AACUCUUCUUCCUCCAUAAACCCUCUCACACAAUCCGGCUGCACAGCAAUGGGGUCCUCAAAUCUCUGAAAACCACCAUGAAAUGACAAAACCCAUUUCCCAUCCCACCCCCAAAACCCCAUUUCCUAACCCUAACCCUAACCCUAAUUCCCAUCUCUCCGGCCACCAUGAGACCCCCACUCUCUCCAAGAACCCUCCUUCUCUUCGCCUCAUCCUCCUCUUCUUCUUCUUCAUUAUCUUCUCCUCCAUUUCUCCAAAUAUUUCAUUUCUCAUUCUCUUCGCUUCACUCAUCCCAUUUCGUGCAUUCGUCGAGACGCCACGACGAGGAGUCCCGGAGUGUGAGGGUUUCGGUGUGGUGGGACUUUGAGAAUUGCGGUUUGCCGGCCGGCACCAACGUCUUCAAGGUCGCGCACACGAUAACCGCUGCGGUCAGAACCAAUGGGAUAAAGGGUCCCGUUACGAUCACGGCUUUCGGGGACGUUUUGCAGCUCUCAAGGGGGAACCAGGAGGCGCUGUCAUCCACAGGGAUCAAUCUCUCUCACAUUCCUAACGGUGGAAAGAACAGUGCUGAUAGGUCUCUUCUUGUAGAUCUUAUGUAUUGGGUUUCUCAAAAUCCUCCACCAGCCCAUCUCUUUUUAAUUUCUGGUGACAGGGACUUUGCUAGCAUUUUACACAGGUUAAGAAUGAACAACUACAAUAUAUUGCUUGCAAGUCCUGAAAGUGCUCCUGGUGUUCUCUGUAGUGCUGCAAGUAUCAUGUGGCAAUGGCAUGCUUUGAUUAGAGGGGAAGAUCUUACUGGGAAGCAUUUUAACCAACCCCCAGAUGGUCCCUAUGGUUCUUGGUAUGGUCACUCUAAGGUUCCUCUAGAAAAUCCCUUCUUGGUUACUGAGCAACCAGCAUUUUCUCGGGCUGAGGACUUGCCUGAACCUAGUUCAGAUUCUAAGCCUCGUGCUGUUCCAAAAAUGGUGAUGAAACUGAUUCGUCAUAUAUUGAAUAGUCACCCCAAAGGAUUAUCCAUUACAGAACUUCGUUCUGAGUUGGGAAAAAGUAAUGUAAGUAUAGACAAAGACUUGUAUGGAUAUAAAAAGUUUUCACGCUUUCUUCUAUCAAUGCCACACAUUUUAAAACUUCAAUCUGAAGGUGAUGGUCAGUUUCUUGUACAUGGUGUCACCCCUAAAAUUCCUGAACCAUUUGAGUGCAAUCCAGUUGUGUCUACAGGACAUGCUAGUAAUAAUGGAGUCCAGGACCCCUCUGCAACUUCAAAGAGAAAUGGUGAGGUGAGGUCUAUUGCUGGAGCUGUAAACGGGAAGUCAUCAUUGCCUCCAUCCUCUGUAUCAAAUGUGAAGGAGCCUCCUAAAAAGAUUCAAGAACAUUCUCCACUCGGCAGAUCUAUUACAGGACCUGUGGAUGAGAAAUCAUCAUUGCGUCCGUCUCCUGAAAUAGAUGUUGAGGAGCUGCAAAAACAGUCUCCACCUAACGAGAAGGUUGUUGAACAGGUGAGUGAGGGUCAUUUGACUCCUGUGGUGGAGCAAGAUUCUGUAGCUGAAGUGGGCUUUUUCAAGAGAGUUUGGAGAAAAUGUUUUGGCAAUAGAGAUGGUGGUUUCAAGAAUAAAAGUCAAAGCAUUCCAGAAAUAUGUUCUACUUCUGGUGUUAGUUCUGAGGAAAAAAGUCAAGACACUGCUGUAUACUGUUCUACUUCUGUUAAUGGCUCAAAAAUGGAAAAAGUCGACGACAAAUGUGCAAAAUCAGCAAGUCAGGAUGCCAAUCCAAUAUGUCAGGUGCCAUAUUCUUCUGCCAGUAAUGAGUCAGCUAUGGACAGCCAAAAUGCUACAGAUUCUGAAGCAUCUGGUGAUAAAUUGAGAAUAAAUCCAGGUUUAUUCAACCGGGUUGUAAAUUGGUGUAAAUUUUGGAGAAGUGACCCAAAGUCUGAGAUAUUGAGUGAUCAAUCCAGAGAAAAACUGGACCACAUAAUUAGUCAAUCUGGAAAGCAUGAGUUAUUCUCCAAGGAUUCUUUUUGGACUGAGAUGGAAUCUUUUAUGGAUACGCCCAAUGGUUCAAUUAUUGUCUCCCAGUCAAGGACCAGGGAACAGAUGGCAGAAAAUCUGCAAAGGGGCGGGCCUCCGGCUCUUAGAUCUUUAAGUGAAAGUGACUUCCUCCACUUGGUGGAUUUGUUAAUAUCAGAGAUGAAAUGGGUGGAAGAAUGCCCCUCUCAGACAUCACCUUUCAAACUCACUUGGACCAUUGGAAAGAGCUCUGUGGGUCAAUCUCGUGGAUCAAAUGGGUUAAGCUCUAUCUUUUUCGACACAACGUCACAUUCACCAGAACAUGGUGGAGAAAAGAAGUAUAAAAAUAUUCCCCAUACUGGAGUUUCUGCACCUGUCAUUAACAAGAAUCCUUCUGUCAGAUCUAGAAGUGAUAUAUUAGCCGACUGUCGGCAACUUGUGAAUGAGAUAUUAAAGCAUUAUCCAGAGGGUUAUAAAAUUGGCUCCUUCAGAAAACUGUACCUUGAGAGGUAUGGCUAUCCUCUUGAUUUACAAAAGCUUGGCUACCAAAAGUUGGUAUCCCUGUUACAGAUAAUGCCUGGGGUGAAAGUAGAUUCCACCUAUAUCUUUCCGUCUGGUAAAGCCUCAAAUAGUUCCCCCCUUGGAGUUUCAGUUCCUGAUGAUCGAGAAAAUAGUGCUGGUCAUUCGGUUGCUAAUUCAGAUAGUGAAUUGUCUGACACAGCAAAGAAGGAUGAUGAUUCCGACUCAUGGGAGGAAUUGGGGCCUGUUUCCAACACAGGAUCUACAAGAAAUGAAAUGGAAUCUGUGUCAAGGAGGAAAGCUAUAGAACAAACAGAGAGGCUAAAAUACCCUGAUUAUGAACCUUCCGUCUCAGAUGAUGAGACUUCUGAUUCCGAAGGGGAGGCCUCUACAUUCACUGGACCAGAAGGGCAUGCGAAGAGAGUAAAUGAGGAAGAUAGCUCGCUACUGCAAAUCCUUGAUUCCUGGUACAGCAGCAAGGAAGGUGACAAUAGAAAGAACCGGUCAGAGAAUGUUGAUUCAACAAAUGGUUCGAAUCCAUCUGGUUCAUCAGCAGUUGGAACCAAUAGUGAUACUUUUGUGAGAAACUUUGUACGGAAGCAAAGACCGCAAAAGAUCUAUUCUUUUGUUUCUGACCCUGUUGAGACUAACAAGGACAAGCUGAUUGAUGGAAUAUUGGGUAGCCUGAAGAAAGAAGGUGAGCCAAGGAUGCAGGGCUAAAGGGUUCUAUGAUGCAUCCUGGGUCUUCAAGUUGAAUGUUAGAGAAGUGGGAUUUUGGGCUAUUGAGAAAUGUUUUUAUUAGAAAUAGAUCGUGAUGAUCCUCAUCAUACAUGCAUUAUUGCAGAUUUAUUAUUGUCACGAGAAUUUUGGUUUAAGCUUAGAGGGUACGAUCUGAGAUCAUUGACACUGCAAAGAGGUAUGUUUGCCUUCAAUCCAAUUUAUAGUUAGGAAUGAGAAUUAUAUUAUAGAAGUAUUUUAUACCUUUAUCGCUGUAUCCA